UCAGGUUUUAGCCUCGCAACUUCCAAUUUUCGCCAUGGCAUCCCCCAUGCGCAAGAGCCGGGCAUGGCUGGCGCUGCUGGUAGGAUGCUGCACAGUUCACAGCGGCUUGUUCGUGCUGCCUGCGGCUGCACCCCCCCGCCCUGCGACCCGACCUGCACAGGGCCCAACAUAUGCAGCGCUGACGGCGGGAACUUACCCAGGAGCUUUGGCGAUGCGAAAGUCGCGGAUAGCGGGGCGACCCAACAAGACGCCAGCCACAGCCAGGGGAGUAGGAAGGACGCUGAAGAUCAUGCUGGGAGUUCCCUCCCUCCUGGCUGUGUUUAGCUUCCUGAUGGUCUUGAGAGGCUACAAGACCAUGGAAACCAAUGGGGACGCCAUGCAAGAGAAGUGGUCCAGCUUUGCCAGGAAGCCCGGACAGCGUAUGCUGUCGCUCAUGGCUGGCGCCGUCCGUGUGGGUCUCAUCGCCCUGCGCGCCAAACUCAUCCGGGACCCGGAAAAGAAGUCAGCCAUGCACAGCAAGGCGGGCAAACGCGCUGUGACAGAGCUUGUCAGAUUGGGACCCACCUAUGUGAAGUUGGGUCAGAUUUUGUCCUGCAGAGAAGAUCUGGUGCCGAAGGAGUACAUCAAUGAGCUGAAGCGACUGCAAGAUGAAGUUCCUGCAUUCAGUGGAGAACGUGCCAAGAAGAUCAUCGAGACGGAGUUGGGAAAACCUGCCAGCGAACUCUUUGCUGAGUUCGAUGACAAGCCGCUGGCGGCGGCGUCGCUGGGACAGGUACAUCGAGCCAAGACCAAGGAUGGUGUGGAGAUGGCCAUCAAGAUCCAACGAGACAACUUGAAGGAGAUGUAUGACUUGGACUUGGCACAGUUCGACAAGAUCGCCGUUACCUUGGACAAGUUCAAGAUCGGCGUUGAAGGGGCGUCAGGUGUUUGGGUGGACAUGUUCGAAGAUGCCAAGGUGAUUUUGUAUCGAGAGAUCGACUACCGAGCCGAAGCGGAAAACACGCAGCGCUGGUACGACAACUUUAAGGACCUGAAGUGGACCACGAGUCCCAAAGUGAUAAAUGAGUUCACCACCUCGAAAGUCUUGGCUCUGACCUUUGUGAAAGGUACCAAAAUCUCUGAUCUCAAGGCACUGGAAGCACAGAACUUUGAUCGAACCUUGUUGGCGAAAAACUUGGCGCGAGCCUAUCUGCUGGCAUUUUGUAAGUAUGGCUUCUUCAACACGGAUCCUCAUCCGGGCAAUUUGGCUGUGGAUGAUGGCUACCCCGGUGGCCGUUUGAUCUUCUACGAUUUCGGGCAGGCCUGUGAGCUCUCUGACAAACAGGCAGAUGGGAUUUUGCAAGUGAUUCAAUCCAUCGUGGAUUUUGAAGCUGAAGCCUGCGUCAAAGCCAUGAAAAACCUUGGAUGUCUCAAGGAGGGUUCAGACUUCAAGAAAGUGGAGGCUGUGGUGCAAAACAACUUCGAGACGGGCAAGGUGAAGAGCAAACGCAGCAAGCGAAAGCGCGCACUGACGGAAGAGGAAAAGAAUCAAAAGACACCAAAGCAGACCGAGGUCAUGAAGUACUUCAAGCUUCCUCCCGCUCUGGCUUUUGUGGCCCGCGCCAUCACACAGAUGGAGGGUGUGGGUGUGAUGUUAGAUGAGGAGUACGAGUUCAUCGAUUUUGUGGCCGACAAAGUGCCAGAGUUGCAGGUGGAGCGCGGCGCCGGCAUUAGCUACAUCGCCGGCCAGCUGUUUAAGAACUGGAUCAGGUCUUGAGAAUGGUACAGCAAGCACCAUGCUCAGAUGGCGCUGCCUGAAACUGUUGAGCAGUGUUGGGCAUGCGCUGGUUUUAGAACUUGCAGUGAUGCGGAGUUUGUCGGCACAUGUUCGACGAUUUGCACAGCAGAAUGUAAGGCUGUGCAAGGACUUCCCAGCUGCUGGAGGGUGCAGAAGGGUUUCUUUUAUUGCGUUUCAACCACACGAAUUCU